AACUAUGAUAAGCUUCAUGUUCGUACCGGACAUUACACGCCUGUCGUUCAAGGAUGUUCCCCACUUAAGCGCGAACUAAGUGAAUAUAUAAGAUACGGUGUAAUAAAUCUUGAUAAACCGGCAAAUCCUUCUUCACAUGAAGUAGUCGCUUGGAUUCGUAAAAUUCUUGAAGUCGAGAAAACCGGACAUAGUGGCACAUUAGAUCCUAAAGUUACGGGCUGCUUGAUCGUUUGUAUUGAUCGAGCUACUCGUUUAGUUAAAUCUCAACAAAGUGCAGGCAAAGAAUAUGUCUGUGUUAUUCGAUUCCAUGACGCCAUUGAGUCUGUCAAAAAGUUCUCUUUUGCUUUAGAGACUCUUACCGGUGCACUUUUUCAACGACCACCGUUGAUUUCCGCAGUCAAACGACAAUUACGCAUUCGUAAUGUUUAUGAAAGCAAGUUAAUUGAAUUUGAUAAUAAUCGUCAUUUGGGUGUGUUUUGGGUGAGCUGUGAGGCCGGAACUUAUAUUCGUACGCUUUGUGUUCACUUGGGGCUUAUUCUCGGCGUUGGGGCGCAUAUGCAAGAGCUUCGGCGUGUUCGUUCGGGUGCGAUGUCCGAAAAUGAUGAUAUGGUCACAUUGCAUGAUGUGUUAGAUGCUAAAUGGGUUCAUAAAAGUACUAAAGACGGUAAGUCCUAUCUUCGAAGAGUUAUUCGACCACUCGAAUCUCUCUUAAUAACAUAUAAACGGAUUGUCGUCAAAGAUAGUGCUGUUAAUGCUAUAUGCUAUGGUGCUAAGUUAAUGAUACCGGGUCUGCUACGGUACGAAGAAGGAAUUGAAAUUAAUGAAGAAGUUGUUCUUAUGACUACAAAAGGGGAGGCCAUUGCUCUUGGAAUAGCUUUGAUGACAACUGUAGUUAUGGGAACUGUAGAUCACGGUGUUGUCGCAAAAAUAAAACGAGUCAUUAUGGAACGCGAUACCUACCCAAAAGUUUGGGGAUUAGGGCCUAAGGCUAUGGAGAAGAAAAAAAUGAUCGCUGAAGGUAAAUUGAAUAAAUUCGGUCGCCCUAAUGAGAAUACACCAGCAGAUUGGAAAAAGUCAUAUGUUGAUUUAAGUGGAAUUGGUGACAAAAGUACUCCAGAUGUAACACAAAUGGCGGGCCUAAUACCUACGACAACUGAACCAAAGGGUACUACGACAUUGAUACAAGAAGUUGAUACUACGCCUACGGAAACAGGGGAUGAAAAGGCAUUAAAAAAGGUUCAUAAAGGUUCAUAA